AUGUUUUCCAACCCGCUUCUCUUGGUCGCCCUCGCGGUCACAGCACACUGCGCAGCACCUCCCGUUGACAAGAACUUGAAGCCGUGUGGAGAGUCGUAUUACUUGCCUUCACAGUACACCUGCUACGAUGGCAACUUCCUGUGCCCUGUCUCCGAUGGCGAAGCUUUGCUUCGCUGUGGCGGCGCAUGCUACAGACCCGCAAUGUACGGUUGCAGCAAUGGCGAGCUGAUCUAUCCACCAACUUCCGGAUCCAACAGUGCUCUUACUGGUACAGCAUCAGGCCCGUCGGGCACAGCUUCGUCCUCUGCGACGGCAUCGUCAAGUGCAGCGACCUGCACAGGCACACCGACAACACUUCAUCUGAGCGAUCCUCCAUAUGAGAAUUACUUCUACUCGGACUGCCACAGCGCCAGCCAAGUCGUCGUUACAAGUCCGUUGUCAGGGAGUAACCUCACGAUCAUCGGACCAAGACUACUGGUUGCCUGGCCUGCUGGCAACUCAGGCGUUGUGGCUUUCUUCGCGCCGCAGAAUGGCGUCAAUGGUUCGUUGGGAAUCGAGUUGUUUAAUGGGACUUCUGUCCAGCCGUUGGAUGGGGUGUACAGUCCUGCCAAUACCUCGUCCUUGACUGGCAAUGCAAAGGUCGGUAUCAGCACGCUGGUCAGAUUUAAUGCCUCAGCUGUGCUCACGGUCCCGAUCAUGGGCAGCAUAAGGACGAUGAGGGACUUCACAGAGGGUCCUUCUAUCCUGGUUCCGUCUGUACAGAACGCUAUCACGUUUUCGCAGACGAGUGGUGGAGGUGCUGUCCUGUCACGGCUCUGGUUCGACAACAUCACUACGACGUCCAUGUCUUUCGUGCCUACUACCACUACCAAUACCAGCAGUAGCAUUACUAUCAACAACCGCAGUCUCGAGCUUGCAGCCGGGACGUACAACUUCACGGCGACAUUCGACUAUCCGCAACUAGAACAGCUUAGCGAGACUGAAGUGCUGAACACACAAUCGCAAGGACUGAUUGAGCAAAAUGCCGAUCAAGUCACGUCGCUCUCCUUCCUCUCCUACACCAACAAACUCACAGCCGGCGCCUGGAGAUUCCUGACCUACUUCGGUCGAGACAGCAUGAUCAGUCUACUCCUUCUCCAACCAGUCCUGUCCGAAGGCCAGGGCGGCGCAGUCGAAGCUGUCAUCUCAGCCGUGCUUGAGAGACUGAACAGGACGGAUGGGAGUGUAUGCCACGAAGAAACGAUUGGAGACUAUGCAACCUAUCUUAAUCUGCAGAAGAAUAUCAGCAGUACCGCACCAGGUUGUACAUAUCAGAUGGUCGAUACGGACUACUAUCUCAUGCCGGUCAUGCAGAAUUACUUCCUUGAGAGCCCAGUUGGUCAGAGCAGGAAAGAUGCCUUUCUCGCUACUGUUUCGAGUCAGGACUUUGGGAACCAAGGGUUGACUUAUGCUGAGCUGGCUCUUAUCAAUGCAGAAAAGAUUAUGAACACUUCUGCAGCUUUUGCAGCGGCUGGGGGUCAGACUGAAGACAACCUGAUUCACCUAAAAGAAGAUCAGGUGGUCGGUGAGUGGCGUGAUAGCACGUAUGGCAUUGGUGGUGGGCGCAUUCCAUAUGAUGUGAACUCCGCUCUAGUCCCGGCAGCAUUACGCUCGAUCGCUACGUUGUCAGCCUCUGGCUUCUUCCCGGAAUAUCCCGAGUGGACCACCCUUGCUGGGGAGUACGCGCAAGUCUGGGAAGACUCGGCCUUGCAAUUCUUCGAGGUCACCGUUCCAGUCGACCAGGCACGAACGCUGGUCACCAACUACACAGCCUCCGCAAGCGACGGCUUCCCAUCCUACGCCUCGAACAUAACCUCACCCAUCGUCUACCAUGGCCUGUCACUACAAGGCAACAACGACCAGCCCCUCGUCAAAGUAAUGAACACAGAUGACUGUUUUCGGCACUUUCUCUUGAACACCACAAACCAAACACAACUUACGGCCUUCAUCAACCAAACAGCAAACAAUAUCCUCAACCCCUUCCCAGUCGGCCUAAGCAACCCAAUAGGUCUUCUCGUGGCCAACCCAGCCUACGGCGGCGAUGCAGUCUACGCCGCAAACUGGACAAAUAACGCUUACCACGGCACGGUCGUCUGGUCCUGGCCUAUGGCUAUGAUGGCUGCUGGACUUCAGCGACAAAUAGGCCGUUGCUCGACCACGCCCGUACCGGAGUUUUGUGCGAAUCAAGCCGUGAGGACCAAGGCAUUGGCGGCGUACAACCAUCUUUGGGACUUGAUCGAGGCGAACAGUGGGAAUCUGAGUAGUGAGGUGUGGAGCUGGAUGUACAGCGGUGGAACUUUUGAGUCGAUCCCGCUGGGUUCUUUACCGCCACCGCCUGGGCAGAGUCCGACGGAGAGUGACGUUCGACAACUUUGGAGCUUGACGUAUUUGGCGGUGACUCGAGACACGGGUCUUCAAUGA